AUGGCGGCCCGCCGCCCCCGGGCCCUGCUCGCCCUCGGCCUGGCCCUGGCCGCCGCCGCCGCCGACCCGUUCUCGCCCCAGCUGGGAGGCACCGCCGGCUGCCGCGGGCAGUGCGGCCGCAGUCUGCCGCGCCGAGCCGCCGAUGCUGUUCUCAACGCCUGUUACCGGGGCUGCCGGCUGUUCUCCAUCUGUCACUUCGUGGAUGCGAGCGCCGAGCUGAACACAACCAGAGCCGAGUGCGAAGCAGCGUGCACCGAAGCCUACAGCAACGCGGAGGAGCAGUUUGGCUGCGUGACAGGGUGCCGCAAGCAGCUGCCCGAGGUGGAGAGCAGGAAGGAGAAGAGCCCGGAGCUGAAGGAGCCGUCGUUCUCCAUGUUGGAUUUGGUCUCCACCUUCUGCAACGACAUCGUCAGCUCUGCCCAGAGCUUCAUCUCCUCCACCUGGACCUUCUACCUGCAGGCGGACGAUGGCAAAGUCGUGGUGUUUCAGUCCCAGCCCGAGAUGGAGUAUCCAGUACCCGAGGCGCAGGAGACCCCGCCGGCACGGCCGGGACCGGGGUCCAGCCCCCGCGUCCCCCAGCCCCACACAGGCCCCCGGGUGAAGGGGGAGAAGCCCCCCGUGAAGGAGCCGCGGGGCAAAGCCAAGGCGCAGCACCCGGACCCCCCGCAGCCGGAGCACGACUUCCUUGGCUGCAUGUCCAAGCGCUCGGGCCUUCCUCGCUGGAUCCUGGCCGCCUGCCUCUUCCUCUCCAUCAUGGUGAUGCUGUGGCUGAGCUGUGCCAGUUUGGUGACUGCCCCCGAGCAGCACGUCAAGACCCAGCCUCUGAGCAUCAACGGGGACAAGGAGUACCUGGAGGACCUGGACGGCCCCGGCGCCUUCCCCCUGCCACCCAUCAUCGCCGUCACCCUGUGCCCUGCGCACGGUGGCGAGGACGCGGGGCCGCUGCCCCUCAAAGUCGACCUGGACAAGACCAUCCUGUAGCGCUCCCAC